AUGUUAUUGAUGGAAUCCUAUAUGUGCUAUUGCUCGGUGCGUCUGGGCGUCAUUAUCGUUUCCGUGCUGACCAUCAUCCGAGAACUGGCCCAUAGCAUUACGCUUUUUGCGCUGGGCGUCAAGGUUUUCGAGCCUAUAAUCGAUUUGUUCGAGCACGACGCGGAGUAUAAGGACAGGAAGUGGGUUCGAAAGUACAUCAGUUGGUGUGAAAACGAUCCCGAGCUUGUGACUGCACUUAUUCACCUGGUAUCCUAUGCCCAUGUGUCAGUGGCCCUCUUAAGUAUCUAUGGUGCUAUUAAGUUGCGGAAAUGGUUUAUACUACCCUUGGCCUUCGGCGAGCUUACCUACUUCAUAAACAUUACGUUUCUUCACAUUGUGCUGAUGAUCAUGCUCAAGAAGCUGAUUAAUCUGGGCCUUCUCAUAAUCCUCACUCUGCUGGGCUGCUUCUAUAUACUGUUUGUGGGCUACAAUGCCUGCACCUGCGUGGCCAUGUUCCAGAUCAUCGGGCUGGUGAAGAGCGACCGCUACCGCGAGCUCUAUGGCGACGAUCCCUUCCAGCCGCUGGCCAUGCGUAGCACUCGCCCGAAGGAUUUCGAGCAGCCACUCCACGUGCUGCGCAUGCACGACAUGCAGGACACAAACGUCGACGAGGAGAAGCGCCUGAGCAAGCUGGGCCUCUGGCCACGCCGUCAGCCGCCGGUGGUGUCCGUGCUGCCCGUGCAGGCAGCUUAUCCGCAGCCCCCGCUGAAGUGGUGGCAGCAGCAGGCCCUGGCCACCGGAGACGACCUCCAGCCGGAUCCGGCCGUCUACCGCAACUGGCACACCAAGGAGCUGCUCAACGGAGUCGGCGGCGAUGUGCAGCGCAAGAGCGAGCUGAAUCGCCGCUACGCCGAGAACCAGAUGCACCGAUGGUACUGACCGCUGAUCCCUGGAAUAGUUAGCUAA